GAUUGACAAUUUGACACUGACUGGUUUUUGAAUACUUGUUCCACAAAAAAAGAAAACUCGAUAUGUGGCAUUCACUGAGCGUCAGCGUUCAUAUUUUAUAUUUACGCUAUUUAAAGUAGUAGCACUGGUCAGUUUACGGCCUAUAUACUCUUGUCUCUUGUCUAGUCGCCUGGGGUGUGUAACGUGCCUGCAAAUACAAUACUAGUUAUCAGUCCGAUCUAACCAGUAAAUACUAAAUAAUAUAAAACAAACAGCCAGUGACUGUUCUUCAAUAGUUGGAAGUCAAACCUUAAAAUUCCAAAAUAUCUGGGGUUCACCUACAUAGCAGUUAACACCUAGACAUAUUCAGCCAGUUCGUUCAACACCGACGUAUCCUCAAUUUGCUCCUAACAACAUGAAGACCACCCCCACCCCCACCAUCUCUACGGGAGAGGAAGGAAAGUUCGGUGUCAUCACCAUCAAACAAGGCGUCGAUGGUUCAUUCUCUCUGAGAGUGCCCAAAGACGGCACGGUAAAAGACCUGCACGAGCUCGCCGAAAAGGAACUGAGCAAACGUGUUAUGCGCAGACUAGCACAGUCAAAAGUUUCCUUUAUAGAGGGCACGGAAAUGGAGUUCAAAGGAAAGGUGCUGCAAAACGACACUACGCUGCUAUCCCUAAACAUUUUCACCGAGGAGGCACCUGAAGAAACGGCAAACGGCACAAAGCCGCACAAGAAGAAGACCAAUCUGUUUGUACAGCUCAAGUUCACGGUGAAAGCACGACGCGAUGUACUAGUGGUCGAUCAACUGGAUGUCAAGAGCUUAGAACCUGGAUCAGUCACCCGUAUGAUGGUAUGGUCACGUGCGCUCGUUCUCUAUGCUUGUCUGUAA